AGAAUGGCGUGCGGAGCUGGCGCGGCGCCAUUUCCCGGAAGUGGCGUCCGGGGCACCGGCGCCGUGCUUGAGGAAAGCGAGCUGUGCCUGCGUACUGAAGAUGUGAGAAACGCUCGGCGAUUGAGAACGCUCGUCAGAAGUCUGAAGAAGCUGGUUAAACUGCAUCGAGUUCUGAACAGAGUUUCGUGUGAACGGAAAUUUGUCAGUAUGGGACGAACCAGAGAAAAUCCAUGUCGAGAAUUUUUCAAGUAUGAAAAGAUUGAAAAUAAAAGCACGUGUAAAAUUUGCAACACAGAUAUGGUUGGAGACCAUGCAGCAAAUUUAGAGAGGCACCUGAAGCGUCACCAUACAGAUGAGUACAACGCAGUGCAAAGCAAGAAGACAAAGAAGAUUGAAGAAAGUGUCAGAAGUGUUCCGAAUAAGCAACAAAAAACAUUAGACGAGUUUGCCGAGUAUGCUGUUCCAGAAUGCCUUAAGGUCCCUCCUGGCAGCUCCAACAAGACCUCCCACACAAGAAUGCCAUCGCCGCUGGGCCCCCUGCGCCUGUCCCCUGUAGACCCCACAGCUACCCUGGAGGAGCUUGAGGCUGCACGCCUGAGCUUCCGACAGUUCCGCUACCAGGAGGCAGCAGGGCCCCAUGAGGCCUUGGCAAGACUUCGCGAGCUCUGCCACCAGUGGCUGCGACCUGAGGUGCACUCCAAGGAGCAGAUACUGGAGCUGCUGGUGCUGGAGCAGUUCUUGGGUGUGCUGCCCCCUGAAAUCCAGGCCUGGGUGCGGGAGCAGCUGCCAGGCAGCCCUGAGGAAGCUGUGGCCCUGGUCGAAGAGCUGCAGCAUGACCCUGGGCGGCUGCUGGGCUGGAUCACAGCCCAUGUCCUGGGGCGAGAGGUGCUCCCAGCAGCCCAGAAGACAGAGGAGUCCUCAGGGAGCCCCCUCCCCUCAGGUACAGUGGAGCCCUCUGGGCCAGCCCCUGGAGAGGGGCCCCAGGUUGCCCAGAUGGAAGGGCCUGCUCAGCUCAUCUGCAGCGUGAAGAAGGAGCCAGAUGCUGAUGGGCAGGAGAUGGCUCCCCCAGGCCCCCUGCUUCCAGCCCAGUCCCCUGAGAGGCGCCUUGAACAUCAGAAGCCAACUUCCACAUCCUUCCUCCCUCCCAGGAUUCAGGAGGAAUGGGGACUGCUGGACCCGUCGCAGAAGGAGCUGUACUGGGAUGCAAUGCUUGAGAAGUAUGGGACAGUGGUCUCCCUGGGGAUGCCGCCCCCAAGGCCGGAGGCGCAGGCUUUGGCCCAGCUGGGGGCCCCCCAUGCGGGGACGCAUGCGGGGACGGGGAGCCGCCCAGGCCUCCGCCCUGGAGAUGAGGGCGAAAGCCCCCGGGAGGCACCCCCUGGCUGCGCAGAGGCCCGGCCGCAAUGGGGCCCAGCCACAGUGCUUGUGCCACUUCCGCAAGCGCCCCUUGCACAAGGCCGGGCCACAUCGCCUGGGCCUGGGCCAGAGCCGGGUGCGCUGCGCAGGAAGGCCUACACAUGCGAGCAGUGCGGCCGUGGCUUUGACUGGAAGUCGGUGUUCGUCAUCCACAGGCGGGGGCAUGCGGGUGGACAGCAGGUCAUGGGGGACGCUGGGAGGCCGCCACCGAACCCCCGAGAGACACUGCGCCACCCUCGGCGUGUGCCUGUGGGCCCCCACAGCUACCCUUGUGAGGAGUGUGGGCGCAGCUUCAGCUGGAAGUCACAGCUGGUCAUCCACCGCAAGAGUCACGUUGGCCAGCGGCGUCACUUUUGUGGCGACUGUGGCCGUGGCUUCGACUGGAAGUCCCAGCUAGUCAUCCACAGGAAGAGCCACCAGCCUGAGGCCCCAUGAGGAAACAGAGGAGAAGGCCCCUGUGCAGCCCCCAGCCCCUGCUACCAGCCUGGGUAUGGGAGACUCUGAAGGAGGCAUAGGGUGGCUGAGUGAACCAGGGGUUUCAAGAAGGUUGCCUGCACCAGGCCCUUUCAGACCUGAGGAAAAGAAACCUCUGCCUCUCCUUCAGCUCCUGUCCUUUGGAAUGAAGCCUGAGUUCGAAUCUACUGCUGACAGGAGACCAUGGGGUAACCUUUGUGCCAGCCCCUAGUUGUGACUUGGUACAGGCCGAGGAUGCUCAGAAACUUUCAUUCCCUGCCUUUCUGGGAAGUAGCUAAGCUUAGGUCUCUGUCAAAGGCAGCACACGCCCUGGAGGGAAACCCAGCUCCUCUCUGGGGAAAAGGCAACCGAAGAUUUGGUUCUGCUGUGCCCAGAGGCCACAGGCUGCUCCAUGUGAUCAUCCAUAGUCCUCCUGGCCCUCAGUGUGCAUUUUAGAUUUUUUAAACUCGGCAUCAUCUGCUUUUAAAACCAGGAGCUUCUGGAUAAGAAUCUCAAUUUCUGACUUCUCCUAGAAGGUCAGAAGAUCUAGUGAUGCUCUCCAGGCAGCUGGAUCUGCAGAGCAGCUGUGCCCAGGAGAAGGGCCAGCCCCCUCUCACACACGUGGCCCCUGAAGUCCCCCAGCCACCCCAUAUUCCCCACUCCCAUGUGCCUUCUUGCCCAUUGGCCUCUGACCUUGAGUCCUGCUUAGGUGGACAGUUCCGGGAGUUCCUCCCAUAGGUGAACAAGGUUGACUACCAAGAGGAGGGGCCCAAGGGUGUGAAGUGGGUUGCUGGCCAGGCUUGGAUGAGGCCAUCAGCACCUUUGGGGCAGGCCUUCGCUCCCACAGCCCACAUGAUAAUCCAGAAUAAUCUCUCCCUCUCAGGAUCCUUAAUCACAUCUGCAAAUUCCCUUUUGCCAAGUGAGGUAAUUUAUUCACAGGUUGUAAGAAUUAGGACAUAGAAAUCAUUAUGGGGCAAUUAUUCAGGGACGGUAAGGGUGGUGUUGGGGGAUAGUACCGCACUGAGGGAGGAUGGGUAGUUUUUUAAUAAAGCUUUUCGUAUUUAAAAGUACUUUAUGUUUACUUAGAAAAAUUUGAAAUAUGCAAGAGGGAAAACAAUAUUAAAAUGGUCUCUAGUUUCACUGUCUCAAGUCAACACUAAUUACAGGCAGAAACUUUCUUUACAUAGCAUCCUGUGAGGCUAUUAUAUGUAGUUUUAAACCAUACUCCUUUCAUUCUGUCAUUUCCCUGGGUUAUUGAACACUUAGCAUGUUUUUAAAGGCCUGGGUGAAUCUUCCAUUUUUUGGUCCGUGUCACGUCUACUAAGUCCAGAGAUUUCCCUGAUUUCCCUGAUGGCAUGUGAAGCUCUCGCUAACACUCCUGAGCUUUUACCUCUGGUGUAACUCUUGGCUAUUUUCCUUAGGACAAAUUUCCCAAAGUGGUCGUCUUUGUAUAAGUCUUUUACAUCCCUAGUUAGAUUUAUUCCGAAGUAUUUUAUAUUUUGGGGGGCUAUUGUAAAUGAUACUGUUUUACUGAUUUCCUGAGUUCUCUUUGUUAAUGUAGAUUUUUGUAUGUUGAUCUUUUACUCUGCCACUUCGCUGAAUCCUUUCUUUUAGUUCUGGUAGCUAGCUUGUGCAGUCUCUGAGAUUUUCUGUGUAUAGAAUCAUAUCAUCUGUGAAUGGGGAUAGUUUUACUUUUCUCACCAAUUUGUUGUUGUUAGGUGCCAUCAAGU